AUUUCGUUUUCUCUCGAUGGACGCUGGUGUUAGAACGAUACCUCUGAUCUGAGAUCAGGUUUAAUAUGCAGUUUGAAUGUUUACCUGGGUGGGGAAACUGAUCCUGUAUCAGAAUUUAAAGGGAACCUGCAGCUACGGUUGCUAGCCAGCGUCACUUCCUGUUUGUUGUUGGUUAGCAGGUGAACGUUAGAGUAGUGGAGUGAUUCAGGCGAUGUGUGCAUCGUACAGCAGUUUACUGGAAUGCAUUUCGGAGAGAGAAAAUAAUUGAUUUAUUUCAGAAAAGAGCCGGGUGUAGUAGAAGUGGCGGGGAUGUGGGAAAAACGCAAUGGGAAACGUUUUCGCCAGAAAAGGAUGCCCAAGUCGAGUAACAGAGCAGGACCGGGCUAUUCUGCAACUAAAACAGCAGCGAGAUAAACUGAAGCAGUACCAGAGAAAACUGACCGUUCAGCUGGAGAAAGAGAGGCUUCUAGCCAAGCAGCUGCUGAGGGAUGGGAAGAGAGAAAGAGCUCUUCUGCUGCUCAAAAAAAAGCGGUACCAGGAUCAACUCCUGGACAAGACUGAGACCCAGAUAAGCAACCUAGAGCACAUGGUCCAGGACCUCGAAUUUGCUCAGAUUGAAGUAAAGGUCUUGGAAGGUCUGAAAGUCGGCAAUGACUGCUUGAAGAAAAUGCAUGAGGCUCUGUCCAUUGAAGAAGUGGAGAGAAUAAUGCUGGAGACACAGGAUUCAGUAGAAUAUCAGAAGCAAAUCAGUGAGAUGCUGGCUGGCUCUCUGAGCCAGGAGGAUGAGGAUGCUGUGCUGGCUGAGCUGGAGGCCAUCAUUCAGGAUGAAGAUUUUCAACUUCCUGAAGUGCCCACUGAGCCCUUGCCUGCAGCGCCCGAGCUAAAGAAGGAGAGAAAACCAGCGGAAGUGAAGCAGGAUGGAGAGGUUCUGUCGGCGUAGUAGCCGACGGUCUCGCGAUACGGAUCGCUCACACGUUAAUCAGUCUUAUUACGAAGACGCAAGCACACCGUGAACACACUGUUCUUUCCUGUCAGCUCUUCCAAUGAUUUUUCUUAAACCUGACUCAACAUAUGCAUUGCAUGUACUGGCUUUAUUUAUUGUGAUGAGGGUAAUAAUGUCUGCUUUGAACAGAAGCACUAAGCUUGAACGAAUCACUGCCAUUAUGAAGAUGGUGGACAUUUAUACAAUUGUCUUCAUGUGUGGUUGAUAUUAGAAGAUUCAACGAAUAGAAACUCAUUACACAAUCAUGAGAUUUUUUUUUUUUUUUUACAAAAUGAGAACAUUCAACGAUCUUGUCCAUGAGACUGACUU